UCUUGUGGUGUGGUUUUAAUUAGGAGUUUAUAAUUAUUGUAAAUCUCGAAUUUUAAUCUAAUUAGUCCAAGAAUUAUAAACAAUAGCAAUAUUUUGCUGACUGAACGUAUUAUUCCUAAUCGUAUUGGAAAAAAAAACAACUAUAAACUAUAAGUGUCAGAAUUGUUGGAUUUGUGAAUACGUAACUAGCACAAUGAAAAGAAUCGUGUUUGUAAACUCAUUAAAACUCAGUUCAUCCAGUGAAUGUUCGGGUAUCAUGGGGUCAGUUAUAACAUGGCCGAGGCCCGGACAGCCCAGGUCGUACAUUACAUUGGCCCUACCGUCGUCACAUUACUUCACAAAACCCAGUAGUCGCCCCUUUCUACUAAGCUCACAACAAAACAAAAAUCAGAACAGGAGCUCAGUGAUUAAAAUACCAUCCAAUCAACAAUAUGUUCAGAAGAUCCGGUUAAUUCACGGCAUUCCGGCAAAGAGCAGUGAGCUGGUUCACGGCGAAGAGGAUCUGUUCGGGGACUACCGGAUCGCCUACGGCACCAAGUCAACUUGGGAACUUCUGCGCACGCUCAGUGUGUUCUUCCUGUGCAAGUUUUCCUUCUUCACCGACAAUGCUGUCCGCCUGAUGGAUAUGAGCUACCGAAUCCUGGGGAGGAGAUUCUCUGAUUUCCUCAUUGAGAGAACAGUGUACUCCCAGUUUGUGGCAGGGAGGUCGGAGAAAGAGCUGAUUGACGUCAUCAUCAAACUACGUCAGGUCGGAGUUGGACCGAUGCUGUGUAUACCGAUAGAAUGUGAUCCAGAUGGCCCACCAGUCCCGGAGGAAUUUUUCGACACAAGUCUGAAAAAAGUUUUAAGCAGUCUGAGCCUGGCCUUGACCUUGAAUGACGCGGUGCCCAUGUUCCAGUACAGGUUCAGUGCCCUUAUGCCCGGGGAUUUGCUGAAAGCGAUGUCUAAAUGCUGUACAGGGACAUCACCCAAUACAGAAGUGUUGAACGCUUUGGUUGAAGGAAUGAAGGGAAAAAAUAUCGCCUUCUCUAAACUGCCUGUGUGGUCGGAGUUCCCGGAUGAAAAGUCGGAGCAGUUGGCGAGAGGUUUGAGACGAUUGGGAGCCAUUUGUGAGGCGAUGAAACCCCACGAUGUUGUGGGUUUGAUUGAUGCUGAGUACACCUACCUGAACCCCGCCCUCAGGGUAUUAGCCCUGUCCAUGAUGAAAUAUUGUAACACAGAGAGGGCCAAAGUCUUUUACACCUACCAGGCUUACCUUAAGGCAACACCAGCCAUCUUGGAAAAUGACAUCAGCUAUGCGAAAGAAAACGGUUUCUGCUUCGGUUUAAAAUUAGUCAGGGGAGCUUACAUGGUAAAGGAAAGACAACUCGCGCGAACAUACAGGUAUGAAGACCCAGUGAAUGAGUCGUUUGAGCAAACGACCAACAGUUAUCACAGAUGUCUUGAUCUUCUUUUCAAGAGAGUUCUUCAGGGACCGCAACUCUCGUGCAGGUUUAUUAUUGCCUCCCAUAAUGAAGACACAGUUAGGUACGCCUUGCAAAGGAUGGAGGAGCUCCAGAUUCCCAAAGAUGGCGUCUCCGUGUUGUUUGGGCAGCUGUAUGGCAUGGCAGAUCACGUGUCUUACACGCUUGGACACAACGGGUACCGCAUCUUCAAGUCCAUUCCCUACGGCUCCAUAGCCGACACGUUGCCGUACCUGGCCAGGCGAGCCCAGGAAAACAAGGCCAUCUUGGCCAAUGCCAGGAGGGAGAGGGCACUGGUGGGGAAGACGCUGAAGUCUAGAAUUUUCUCUAGUUAGAUCAAUUGCAGCAAUGGAAACGAUUCAAAUUUGGGGGUAACUAAAGGGGGUCGUCCAUA